AUGCCAAAUCCAAACGAAAAUGACUCUCCCGGUCGCCGCAAUCCCCCGGAACGGUGGUCAAAGUACGUCUCGGACGUGUACGAUCCGAUUCGUGUCGGUUCAAUCGACGGCACGGACGCACAUGCACACGAUAGGGCGUUAACACGGGCGCUAAACUCGCACUACAAACCGAACCGCAAAGUGCAGGGUAAUCCGUUGCACACAAUCUUUGUUGGGCGCUUGGCGCACUCGGUGACCGAAGAAAAACUGAUCUCAAAGUUUAGCCCGUUCGGAACGAUCGUAAAAUCACGACUCGUCACCGAUACGGUCACCGGGAUGCCGCGGGGAUAUGCAUUCAUCGAGUACAGCACCCGCGACGAGGCUCUGCGCGCUAUCGAUCGAAUGCACGGGUGCACCAUCGAAGGCAAGGAAAUUCUGGUCGAUGAAGAGUGGGAACGGCGGCUCGAAGGUUGGAAGCCGCGUCGGUUAGGUGGUGGAUUUGGCGGACGAAAAACAUCGUCUCAGCUGCGAUUCGGCUGCAAAGUCCAACCGUUCCGGAGACCGUUUCUCGAGGGCACCGGUUCUGGUGUGUCCAGUGUCAGCGAGUGGAACCGGCGCGUGCGCCAUCGGAGGGAAGGUGCGGAAAGUUACAGUGACACCAAAGUGAAAGAAGGAGCUAAAAGGAUCGUUUGAGGCAAAUUGUGUAUAUAUUUAAACGUAAUAAUAAAAACAGGACGCAGA